AUGUAACAUAUGAGUUCAGGAUGGGGGAGAGCAGCAGCCGCCACGUACCUUGUUGGCUUUGUGAUCCUGGUCAUCUGCUUUGCCCUGGCAGUCAUAGCAUUCUCGGUCGAAAUACUCCGUUUCAACUUUGUGCGAGGAAUUGGAGGCUUGCUGUUUGUUGUUGCUGCAUUCCAGAUCAUAGGCUUGGUCAUUUACCCAGUGAAAUUCACAGAAGAAAUUCCUUUGAUAGGAGCUAAUAUGUUCAGCUGGGCCUAUGGUUUUGGUUGGGCCAGCACUGUUGUUGUAAUCGGCUGUGCUUUCUUCUUCUGCUGCCUCCCCAAUUGGGAAGAUGAAGUCCUGGGAAACAUCAAGCCUACCUACUACUACUCCUCCCCAGAGAGAUCAUCGUACCUAAAAUGAAAGAAUAAAUCCAAGUACAUUCAACCAUCAAAGCAACAAAAGAGCUCCUCUGCUGUAAAUUUUGGUGUAAUUACGAGAAACUGAAAAAAGUCACUUUAUUUCUCCAAAUUACUUACUAGUACUGGUAAUGAAUUAGUGAAAACAUUGGCAUCUUUAAACAAAUAGCUUUUACCUAAAGUAUUAUUUACAUAUUCUUAUGUCUGCUCUGUUGCGGUGGGCCCCUCCCAACUAACUGAGUCAUCCUUAAUUUAUUCAAACAUUUGCUUACAAAUAAAGAUGUAGUGUUUCAAGUAUAGAAAGGAAGAGGUGAGAUUUUGAAUAACCCAUUUGGGGGACCUACAAGUUAUUUUGCUUAUUAUUCCACCUCUGACAAAAUUGUAUGAAACAGAACUAGAAGAACUGCCCUUCCAAAGAAAGCUUUUUCUUCCACCAAAGUCAAUCCCAAGAAAGGACCUUUACGGAGUGUUUUACAGACACAUGCUGCCUAAGAAUCUCUUCUCAUUCCUGUUACUGGGCUGUUGCUGACUAUUACCCAUUUGAACUAAGGGGAAAUUAAAAUUAAAAUUUAUUUUUCCACCAGCUGUUGCAGUUGGAUGGAGAUCUCUAAAGCAUGGAGCUCAUGUGUGUAUAAUGGUAAUUGGUGUAACACUGAUGUUUUUGUGGCGGCUGCAGGACUUGUUGUGGAGCCACAUAUAAUUUCAUAUACAUUUGCCACAGAAAGAAUCAGUAAAUCCUCAGAUGUUAAACUGUAUGCAUUUUUAUGUGGUAUUGGAGAGGUGCUCGUUUAGAAAAUGUCUUAGAGUAGAAACAUACUCUUUAUGUCCUUUACCCUCUUAAUUAUCAGACAUGCUUUGGAGGCAAAUUUUAGCCUAAGGUGUUGAAAACCUCCACAAGUUUCUAAAACACACUGUAGGUGCUCCAGAGUUUAGUAAACUUGAAGGUUUUUUUGAGUUGCUAGGGAUAACAGGUAAAAACAGAAAAGCAAAAGCAAUUCUGUGAGCAAUAUAUGAGUGCAAACUCCAUAUGGACACAUCUCUCAAGGAAUAAUCUGAGAGGCUUCUAACUUGCAGUUCUGGACCCCAUGAUUCAAAAUAAGUAGUUCAAUGAGACAGCUUUGUCUUUUUUGAUCAUGGAUCUCCUGCAGCUUAUAGCAGGUUUAAAUAUGAUCUAUAAUCUUUGUCAAAACUUUGUUUGGGUGGGGAAGAAGAAGGAAGAGUCUCAUCUGGGAAGUUCUUCCAGCUGUAAGAGAAGUAGCUUUAGUAGAAAGAGAUUUCUGAAUGGGGUAUAGGUAUGGGUGCCUGUAUGGUGGAAAGUAAACGCUGUCUGUUACACUGUGUAACAAGCAGUUGGGAAUUUAUCUCCUAUUAUCAAAAGCCCAAUACUUAGGAGAGAGUAAGUGUGUGGAUAUGUAUAUAUUUAUCCACAUGUGCAAAAUGGAAUUCAAUGAAGCGUUAACCAGCAUACCGUAAAACUAAAGUACUUUGGAACCAAGCUUUUUCAAUACCCACUCGCUCUUGUAUUAUAUGUUAUAUAUCUUUCUGUUUUGUAACACCUUUUUAAUUUGGUAAUGCUGUAUAUUGUAUGUGAUCCUGUUUUGGAAAGGCGAGGUGACUUCCCAAGGUGUCUGCCACGCCUAUAUUUUAUAAUUUUACAGACCAUAAAAAUCUGCAGACUUCAGAACUGUGUAAGAAGCUCAGUCAUGGCACGUAUGAUCAGCUGUAUUUAUGAUUCUUGCUGAAGAAGAGAAUCCUGUUACAGACGUGUCCUUUAUUUUUUCUGUACAGUACUGGCUUUCUGGGAAUACUGUAUAGACUUAUCUGUAUUAUGAAUAAUGCUAGAACCUAACUUUCUAAUGAAUUCAAAACACAGAGGAGAAUUCCAGCUCUGGAAAAUCCUUGCAUAACUAAAACUGAGAAGGAGAGAAGACAAAAGAAAAUGGGCCUUCCCAAUAAAAAGGAUGGUAUGGUAAUAGCAUUUAGCAUAAGUUAAGUCUUUUAUAUGUUUUUUUAUAAGUAUUAUCAUGACUUGUCAAAAAGUGCAAAUGUAAAAUAAACUUGGUUCUGAAUAUA